UUUAAACUUAAAAAUCAAGACAGCAUUAUAAGCUACUCCACUCCUCCCUCAUUUCCACUCUCAAAACAGCCAUGGAGAUCGACAGCGAAGAUAAAACCCUAGAAGAAGAACUAGACGACGAAGACAAUAAUAACAACGACAACGGAGACCAACUUCAGAACCCCAAACUCCGGUCAGACUCUGAUUCCGAUUCCGACUCAGAAGACGAAUCGCAGCAAAAUCAAGAGCUUAAAACCCUAGAAACUGAGCUCUCCAGUAACCCCGCCAAUUAUGACUCUCAUGCUCAAUACAUAAAACUGUUGAGAAAAAUGGGAGAGAUAGAUAAGCUUAAACAAGCAAGAGAAGCCAUGAACACUGUGUUUCCACUAAGCCCUGACAUGUGGCGUGAUUGGGCUAAAGAUGAAGCUUCUAUUUCUGGGCCAGAGGGUUUCGCGGGGGUUGAGAAGAUUUAUGACCGUGGAGUGUUUGAUUAUCUGUCUGUUUCUCUUUGGUGUGACUAUUUGAAUUUCAUACAAGUACAUGAUCCUUCAGUGCGAGAAUGUUCUCCUGAUGGCAUUUCAAAGGCCCGAAAUCUCUUUGAGCGUGCUCUUACUGCUGCUGGUUUGCAUGUUGCUGAAGGAAACAAAAUUUGGGAAUUGUACAGGGAAUUUGAACAGGCGGUACUGCACACCAUUGAUGAGAAUGACAUUAAGGCAAAGGAAGUACAGGUCCAACGCAUUCGAAAUAUUUUCCACCGCCAAUUGUCUGUUCCACUUGUUAACUUGAGGUCAACACUCCUUGCGUACAAGGCUUGGGAGGUGGAACAAGGGAUUGUUCUUGAUGCCCAAUCUAGUGAAGUUGAUGGUAUAUCUUCUCAUCUUGCCUCAGCAUACCAAAAGGCCAUGGAAGCUUAUAAUGCUCGUGCUCAGCAUGAAGAACAGAUUUCUAUGCAGAAUAUAUCUGAUACAGAAAAAAUUCAAAAUUUCAUGAACUACUUAAAAUUUGAAAAGUCUGUGGGCGAUCCAGCACGGGUUCAAGUUUUAUAUGAGCGUGCAAUGGCUGACUUUCCUAUAUCAAUUGAUCUAUGGCUUGAUUAUACUCGCUAUCUGGACAGGACCUUGAAGGUAGGAAAUGUUCUGAGGGAUGUUUAUUCCAGGGCAACAAAAAAUUGUCCCUGGAUAGGAGAGCUUUGGGUUCAGUAUAUGCUUUCCUUGGAACGUGGCCGUGCUCCUGAAAAGGAGAUAUCUUCUGUUUUUGAAAAGUCCCUGCAAUGCACUUUUUCAACAAUUGAAGAGUACUUGGAUUUGUUUCUAACACGAGUACAUGGUUUGAGGAGGAGGAUCGAAUGUGGUGGUGAAGUGAAUGGUGUCUUGGAUUAUUCAUUAAUACGGGAAACUUUUCAGCAUGCCUCAGAUUACCUGUCACCACACCUGAAGAACACAGAUGGUUUGCUGCGUCUGUAUGCCUACUGGGCUCGUCUAGAGAUGAAUUUGGGAAAAGAUUUAGUUGCAGCUCGCCGAGUUUGGGAGAGCUUGCUUAAGAUCAGUGGCUCAACGUUGGAAGCUUGGCAGGGUUUUAUAGCAAUGGAAACUGAAUCGGGUCACAUAAGUGAAGCUAGGUCCAUAUACAAGCGAUGCUUUAGCAAAAGAUUUCCUGGAACAGGUUCAGAGGACAUUUGCCAUUCUUGGUUGCGAUUUGAAGAGGAGUUUGGUACACUAGAAGCUUUUGACCAUGCUAUACAGAAGGUUACUCCUCGUCUAGAAGAGCUGAAGUUGUAUAGGAUACAACAGGAAACAAAAGCAUCAACAGAUCAGAGUGAGGUAUCUGGGAAGAAAAUUGCUCGUGAAAAGAGAAAGGGUGGUUCAACAGCUACUGACAAAGAGUCUCCAGCAAAGCGGCAAAAACAAACAGCCCAAACUCAAAAGAAGGGGUAUGAGGAUAAAGAUCAGUUGCAGAAAUAUGAAGUAAAUGAGGCCCAGGAGGCCAAAAUUGAUCUUGAAAAGACAGACAGUGCCCCUGAUGAAAAACAAAUGAAAGGUUCUGACGUUGUAAGAACAAAAGGCUAUACAGACCAGUGCACAUUGUUUAUCUCUAAUAUCCAUUUCAAGGCAAAUUCUGAAGAUAUACGGAAAUUCUUCAGUGAUGUUGGAGGGGUGGCCUCUAUUAGAAUUUUGCAUGAUAGAAAUACUGGAAAAUCAAGGGGACUGGCUUAUGUGGAUUUUGUGGAUGACGAACACCUUGCUGCAGCUAUAACAAAGAACAAACAGCUGUUAUUUGGGAAGAGGCUGAGCAUUGCCCGGUCAGAUCCCAAACAGAACCGAAGAGAUGGUCGUAGAGUUCCCAGGGAACAAGCUUUUGCUAGUGACCGAAGAAGGCACAAUUGGGAAUCUGCAUCCAAAGAGUAUGUCGAUACACACAAUGCAUCAGGAUCACAGGAGGCUCCUCAGACUGCUACUCUCAAGUCAGAUGACAACAUCCAGUUCAAGGGGAAGAACAUAUUCGCAGUGCCAAGAAAUGUUAGGACACUUGGGUUGUCUGCAAACAAGUCGAAAACAGUGGAAGAAGGAGAUGAGAAACCAAAGUCGAAUGAUGAGUUCAGAAAAAUGUUCAUUAAAGAAUGAGGUAUGACCCUCUACAGACCCUUGCUAAAAGUUCUUGGUCAUGAGGAAGUUGUCUCUUCAAAUGUUUUUGGCAUACAGUGGCAAGAAUUUAGUACUUGUUUUAGGAUGAAGUAACUGUACUAACUAGCCACUUGAGGAAACAAAUCUUCCGAGUUUGCUAAACUAGUCAUUCUGGUAUAUAGCAUCGACUUGCUGGGGAUAUGCAUGUUGGGUGCAACUGAUUUGAUAUAUAUCAGAUAAUGAUCACGGUUUUCGUUUU